AUGCCCACUUUUCCCUAUGUCAUCAUAAACGCAUUCACGCGUGCGUCCUUCGGUGGUAAUCCAGCUGUGAUCAUCGCUCUCCCACCAGGUUCUCUUUCCCAACCCCAAACAUUCAGCGAAGAGACCAUGAUUAAAAUCAGUCUCGCACUCGCGCAGCCCAUGUCAAUUUUCCUCUCGUUAUCCCUAGAUGAUUCUACACUCCUUGAUGUCUGCUUCCAUAACGGGACCUGUGCGCCACUUAUCUGUGGACAUGGGGUGUUGGCUGCAGUCAAGGCGCUAUGCACGAACGCUCUGCCAUCCCUUGGUCAAUUGGGUCCAGAAGUGAAGCUGCGCACGAAGGCAGGCACGAUUAUUUCUGCAUGCAGCAUCACAGAGAGCGGGUCCAAAGAGGAAAAGUAUGAGAUCGCGCUUCCUGCAACUCCAGUCGUUACGAUUCCGGACGUGGAGAUAGAUAGAAUUGCAGGUGUAAUCAGUGAAGCCGCCGGUAGGAAUGUACAGGUAGAGUAUGCCGCUAAAGGCGAAGGCAAGAUGGACGAUUACUUGAUGACUGUCGUUGGUCCAGACGAAAACAUAGGCGAUAUGAAACUAGACAUCGAUGUUCUGCGCAAAACUUCUUACAGUGUCAAUAUUAUCACAAACGCUACCCCUGACGCUGACCAGGUCUUCGUCUCGCGUAUGUUUGCACCUGCAGCAGGUAUCCCUGAAGAUCAUGUCUGUGGAAGCGCGCACACGUUACUCGUACCUUACUGGGUGACUCGACUCGGAAAGAAGAAUCAGGAGGCGAUGUACGUUCGUCAAGUGAGCCCGCGUGGAGGAGAGCUGUGGGUGAUUUGGGAUCAGGAUAAAGGUCUUGUCAGGCUCAAGGGCCACGCGAAGGCUUUCGGAAAGGGCGACUUUACUAUCUAA